AUGGCGACAAGAGUUCUAACGCCGUAUUUCUUGCUGGGACAAGACAAGGACUUUCCUUCCAUCGAUCCGUCUAGUGGAGCUGCAUUUUUGCGCUAUCAGUAUGGUCGUCAAGUCCAGCUCCCUUCGAGCUACUCGGAAGUCACUGCUCGCGAUGUCAGAGGCAAUCAUGCGGAGCUUAUCCGAGAGAUUGGUGCUGCAGGAACCGUACUCCUGAAGAACAUCAACGGCAACCUGCCGUUGACCGACGAACUCAAUAUCGGAGUUUUCGGCAAUGAUGCCCCUUUUCCUACCAUAGGCUCGGUCUUCCUUGAUAUCGGGACCCAGCCGGAAGGAUUUGAGAUGGGCACUGUCGAUAUCGGCGGAGGUUCUGGAACUGUUCGGCAUACAAACUUGGUCAGCCCUUUCGAAGCUAUUCGAAAGCAUGUAGAGUCUAUCGGUGGGCGAGUGCAGGCACUAUUCGACAACGACGAGCUAGCGGAUGGCUGCUUCAGAACAAUCUACCCCGUCCCGGAUGUCUGCCUCCUCUUUCUCAAAUCCUACGCUACCGAGGGCCAAGACAGACAGUCUGCCGAGCUACAGUGGUCAGCUACGAAGGCUGUAGAGAACACCGCGGCAAUGUGCCCCAACACUGUCGUCAUCAUCCAUGGACCAGGAGUGGUUGUCAUCCCGUGGGCGGAUAACGAGAACGUAACGGCUAUCCUGAACGCUCAUUACCCGGGAGAACAGACGGGAAACUCCAUUGUUGAUGUUCUUUGGGGGAUGGUCGAGCCUUCUGGCCGUCUUCCCUAUUCCAUUCCGAAGAACGAGUCGGACUACGGUCCAUCGAUUGUCAAUUUGACAGAACCUAUCACCGACCCAGAUGCCUGGCACUCCACUUUUGAAGAAGGCCAAAUGAUUGACUACCGGCACUUGGACGCGAACGACAUCGAGCCUCAGUAUGAAUUUGGCUUUGGACUGUCUUAUACGGAAUUUGAGAUGGAAGCCGCUCUGGAGAUUAAGGUCGAUGCGAACGUUUCCUCCAUCGCGGAUGAAGCGAAUGGCGUCGAGCCAGGCGGACUGAGCGACCUGUGGAAGGUGGUAGCCUCAACCUCGAUCCAGGUCACCAACUCAGGGGGUCUUGCAGGUUCAGCCGUGCCCCAACUCUACGUCUCUUUUCCGAUCUCCACAACACCCGAGGGGACGCCAGUCAAGGUUCUGAGAGGUUUCGAAAAGGUGCAUAUUGAGGUCGGUGAAACCAAGUCUGUGGCUUUUCAGCUCAUGAGAAGGGAUUUGAGUUUCUGGGAUACGAAGAAGAAGCAGUGGACUAUUCCAAGUGGUACUUUCCGCUUCAUGGCAGGAUUCAGCUCGAAGGAUAUCAGAGCUCAGGCCGAGACCCAGGUGAUUUCUUAG